CAGUGUUCCAAAAGAGCGAUCCACCAAUAAAGAAGAAAAAGAAGAUAUGGCCGCGUCCUGUGCCGCAUUAUGAAGAUGUCACUGCAACGUCAACGACUAAUCUAUUGUAAAUAGGAGAAAUUACAUCAAGAGCAGUUCAGUAUAUCACUUUGAGAGUCAUCGCACAUGUUAAUAAGAAGAUUGCGCUUUCCAAAAACUCUCUUCACCUGCUCCAUUGCCUCUGAUGUUCGCAUUCAACAUUAUGAUGUCAUUGUGGUGGGUGGUGGUCAUGCCGGGACCGAAGCAGUGGCCGCUGCCAGCAGAGUUGGAGCAAAGACAGUUCUCAUCACACAGAAAAUCCAAACUAUCGGGGUACUCUCAUGUAACCCAUCGCUGGGGGGUGUCGGCAAAGGUCAUCUGGUGAAGGAGAUUGAUGCCCUGGAUGGUGUGAUGGGACGGGCAGGAGACUGGGCUGGAAUUCAUUUCUCCAUUCUCAACCGCAGUAAGGGUCCUGCAGUGUGGGGCCCCAGAGCCCAGCUGGACCGGCAACGUUAUAAAGACUUCGUACAGUCAGAGCUUUUAUCUACACCGAGAGUGACCAUCCUAGAGGGCUCUGUCCAGGACCUUUUAAUAACUCUUGCUGACCCAGAGAAACCAGGAAAACAUAAAGUUUAUGGAAUACGCUUGGCUCAUGGAGGUGAAAUCCAUUCCCGCUCUGUGGUUCUGACCACAGGCACCUUUCUGUCUGGUGCCCUCUUCAUGGGCCAAAACACUUCUCCAGGGGGCCGCAUGGGUGAUCCACCUUCCUGUGCUGGUCUAUCUAAUACCUUAAAAGAAGUUUUGGGGUUAAGGAUUGGCCGUCUGAGGACUGGUACUCCUCCUCGUAUCAUCAAGAAUACGAUUGACUUCUCCCUCACUGAUAUUCGUUUGCCUGACUCAAGUCCCACUCCAUUCAGCUUCAUUAAUACAAGCACACAUUGUAAGCCCGAAGAGCAGCUUCCAUGUUAUUUGACGUACACCACUCCUGGGGUAGAGAAAGUGGUGAAAGAUAGCAGCCACCUCAACUCGCACAUACAGCAAGACACUAAAGGACCCAGGUACUGCCCAUCCAUUGAGUCAAAGGUGCUGCGGUUUCCAGGACGACAACAUCAGGUGUGGCUGGAACCAGAGGGUCUGACCUCUGACCUCAUGUACCCUCAGGGUUUGUCUAUGACAAUGUCUCCUGAGAAGCAGCUCUGCCUCAUCAGAGAGAUCCCCGGGCUGCAGCGGGCAAAAAUUCAUACUCCAGGUUAUGGGGUGCAAUAUGACUUUGUCUGUCCAACACAACUCUUUCCCUGGCUGGAAGUAAAGAUUACUCAAGGUCUCUUCCUGGCUGGGCAGAUAAAUGGGACCACAGGCUAUGAGGAGGCGGCUGCACAGGGUUUGUGGGCUGGGAUUAAUGCAGGUCGAACAUCUCUCUCCAUGCCCCCGCUCUCCCUCUCACGCACUCAGAGCUACAUCGGAGUUCUAAUUGAUGAUUUGGUUGGUCGUGGAGUGACAGAGCCUUACCGUAUGUUCACAAGUAGGGCUGAGUUCCGAACUUCCCUCAGACCAGAUAACGCUGACCUGCGACUCACUCUCAGAGGUUUUGAGGAGGUCGGCUGUGUGUCAGAGCAGCGCUAUAAUGAAACUCUUCGGGUUCAGGCAGGUUUCAAUGAGGCACUAUCUGCCCUGCAGUCCAUCUCCCUCUCUGCUGCUCGCUGGAGGGACAAACUAGGAGAUGUCAACAUCAGUGAGACUAAGAGCUCCAUUCUUAAUGGAGUGGAGGUGCUGCAGUAUAAAGAUGUUUCCUUCCAGAUGUUAGCCUCUAUCUUCCCCGAACUCUUUGGCUUAUACUUACAAUUUUCAGAGAGACUGAAAGUUGAAGCUCUUUACCGUCCACACUGUGAUAAGCAGAGGAGAGAGAUGGAGCGAAUGCAAGUGGAAGAGAGUCUGUCUUUGCCACAGGACAUUGACUAUCUGACUCUUCCCGUGUCUCUCUCUCAAGAGGUCCGAGAGAUUCUUGAUGCCAUGCGACCGAGCACAUUGGGAGCCGCCACUCGUCUUCCAGGUAUCACCCCAGCAGCCAUAGUUCAUCUGUUCAACUAUGUGCACAGAAACAAACACAGGACCAAUGGUAAAACUGGAGUCUAACAAGAAUGAUCAAAAUUGCGUAUCAUGCAAAG